CAGGUUGGUAUCACUGACAAAAGAAAGCUGUGGCUGCUACAAACUGCGCUAAAUUGGCAACAUUUAUGUGCUAAGCGCAACAUGGCUAGCAGCCUUCUCUUUGCUGUUGUUACCCUGGGCUUAGUUUGUGUGACCAGCGGUCAGAUUCAUAAAGGAACAGGGAAAUGUCCAGCAAGAAUUUUAAAAGAUCAGAAAUUUUACCCACGCAACUGUAAAGAGUGUACCUGUCAAACUGAUUCGUGGACUUGUAUUGGGUGUCCAGCCUCAGAGACGAAAUUCAACUGGCCGAUGUGUUACCGCAACAGCCACGGCAGUAAGCCGGGCAGCGUUCUAUGUGCGGGGGACCCUGGCUACAAGGUCGAAGGGAUAUUCAGAGAGCCUUCCAUAAGACCUCGUCCACCUCCACCACCUCCUCCUCAAAGGGUGACGGUGAUUCACGUCGAACACAAAAAGCCCAAGAACAAAUUCAAAAUCAAAACAGGAAAUAUAUUCAAGACAAAGCACACCAAAUCUAAACACCGAAAGUUUUAAGAUUUAUCACAGUGGUGUUUGUAGAUUAAGAUAUCGCACUAUACAUAACCAAAUCUCGUGUAUGACAGAACACAACAUUACUAUUUACCUUUUUUUAUCCAUUCAUAUUGUUUUAUUAAAUACUAAACAUUAGAAAACAUUUGUUUAUACUAUUCGUAUUAUUUUGUUAAGAUUUAUUUUCUUUAUUACCACUUAUCUUAUAUGAUACAGACGUUACUUCAAAAAAGAAGAUUACGUCCUACGCCUCAUGCAUAUUAACCAAUUACCUAAAUUCUGCCAAGUUUUCCUGGCUGGCUCAGGCAACCCAUUCCAUUCUCUAAUAGCACUAGGGAAGAAGAAGUAUUUGUAAAAAUUUGUCCUAGCUUAUGGAACGAGGAAUGUGCCUUUAUCUUUGUGUCUUUCUGAGUAUUUUAUUAAAUUUUAUUUUGUCCUUCACUUA